AUGGAUCUCUCUGACGUUCGUAACAACGACGGCGCCGCCACCGCCGCUAGAGGAGGUUCUCGGCAACUAGUCGAUGCUUCUCUCUCAAUCGUCCCCAGAUCUACGCCGUCAGAAGACGCCGCGCUGACCACAACCUCAUCCGCCGCGGCGGCGACUACUUCCGGAGUUUUGACGAAGCGCUCGACGAAAGACCGUCACACGAAAGUCGACGGAAGAGGGCGGCGGAUCAGGAUGCCGGCUCUCUGCGCCGCUAGGGUUUUCCAGUUGACGAGAGAGCUCGGCCAUAAAUCCGACGGAGAAACCAUCGAGUGGCUUCUCCAGCAAGCGGAGCCGGCGAUUGUCGCUGCUACCGGAACUGGAACCAUCCCGGCGAACUUCUCCUCUUUGAGUGUCUCUCUCCGGAACAGCGGAUCGACUCUCUCUGCUCCGCCGUCGAAGUCGGUGCCUCUCUACGGCGCACUUGGAUUGACUCAGCAUCAUCAUCACUACGAUGAACAAGGAGGACCCUUUGGUGCUCACACGACGCCGCUUUUAGGGUUUCAUCACCAUCUUCAACAUCAACAUCAACAUCAGAACCAACGGUUAGAUUCAGCUCCGGCGGAGACAAUUCCAGGAUCCGACGGUGAGAAUUUCUCGAGGAAACGGUUUAGAUCGGAUGAGUUGUCAAAGGAAAACGAUGAUCGGAAACAGAACGAGAACAAGUCCUUGAAGGAAUCCGAAACGCCGGCUGCUGGCGCGGCGGCUCCGAUGUGGGCGACGAGUAGGUCUCCUGGUGGAAACACCUUUUGGAUGCUUCCGGUACCAACCGCCGCCGGUAAUCAGCCGGCAUCUAUGGAGAGCAGCAGCAACAACAACAACAACCGUGCUCAUAUGUGGCCGUUUGCGGCCGGAGGUGGAGCUGUAGCCGGAGCCGGAGGUGCUACUCAUUUUAUGGCGGGAACAGGGUUUAGUUUCCCGGUGGAUCAAUACAGAGGAAGUCCACUUCAACUAGGUUCGUUCUUAGCUCAGCCGCAGCAACCGAAUCAGAGUCUAGGCUUAAGUAUGCCGGACUCGAAUCUUGGGAUGCUAACCGCUUUGAACGCGUAUUCCAGAGGUGGAAACGCAAACGCAGAGGCGGAACAAGUGAACAACAAUGCUGCGGUGGAACAUCGAGAGAAGAAGCAGCAGCAGCAGCCGCAACAACAGAGCGAUCAUGAUGAUGAUAGUAGAGAUGACAACUCAAAUAGCUCUGAGUGA